UCCGAUGGACUUCAAACUUGGACCAAAUGGAAGGAAAAGGCAUGGCAGCAGGAGAGCAGGUUCAGAGGGAUCAAAUUGCUGAGGCUUCAGUGGGGGGGAUCCAACAGCCCCUGAGAGGAUUGGAUAUGCUUUCUGGUCCACAACAGACAGUGGACCAUCUCAGGGUGCAGAGGCAUGAUCUGAUGAAAUAUUCUUGUGAACUCACACUGGACAUAAACACAAUGAACAUAGAACUCAAACUGUCUGACAACAACAGGACGGUGACAUGGGUGAAUGAGGAUCAGCCGUAUCCUGAUCACACAGAGAGGUUUGACCGCUGGUGUCCUCAGCUGCUGUGUAGAGAUGGUCUGACUGGUCGCUGUUACUGGGAGGUUGAGAUGAGAGGAGAUGUUCGUGUGUCAGUGAGUUACAGAGGAAUCGACAGGAGUGGAGACAGUGAUGACUGUUGGUUUGGAUGUAAUGAUUUGUCCUGGAGUCUGUUCUGCUCUGAUGAUGGUCGUUACUCUGUCUGGCACAAUCACAGAAUAACUGACCUCCCUUUUUCCUCCUCUGUCUCUGGUAGAGUAGGAGUGUAUGUGGACUGUCCUGCUGGCUCUCUGUCCUUCUACACAGUCUCCUCUGACUCACUGACCCACCUCUACACCUUCAACACCACAUUCACUCAACCUCUUUACCCUGGGUUUGGGUUCUGGUCAGAUGGUUGCUCAAUGUCUCUUUGUUCUCUGAAAGAGGAAACAACUUCCUGUCCUGUGGUUUAAAUGUUGGUGGAGGACGAGGCUUCACUUUGGUUCACAUUAGUCUCACUGAUUGUGUCUUUAAUGUUCUUCUUUAGUAAUGAUGAAAUUAUCUCCUCAGGGAUGAAAACUAGUUGUGUAUAAACUGUGUUGACUUUGAUUUUCACUUUAAUCAUGUUUUAUUGCAGCAGCUUCAGCUGUUAGUGAUUUAUUUCCAUAAAGGUUUAAAGAUAAAAAGACUCAGUGAGUUCAACAUGUUUUAACAUAUGUAAAUCUUUUUCAGUUUGAAAAUCAAAGAAUAAAGAUGUUUCCUUCACAAUUAAGGUUAAUUAGAACAUGUUUUAUUCUUCUUCUGCAUAUAAUCCAAUUAAUCUUAUUUACAUAAACAGAAUAUGUGUUUUGUAUAAAAACGUCUGUAUUAACCCUCUCAUGAAUUCAACAGAGGAAGGCUUUUCCCACGGAGGGAGGGGGGGGGGGUGAUCUGCGGGGUCUACUGUAUCCUGCCAUACAACUGAAUGAGAUAAGCUGACUGUGGUAUCAUAUAUCCCUAACUACAGUUCCAUUUAUAACAAAUGGUGGUAAUCCUUGUCUUUCCUAACCACAGACUGUUAUUGUUGAUAGCUAAAAGUAGCUACAUUAGCAUAGUCAUAAUUACUGACGUUACCUGAUGAAUCCAGUCUUUAAGCCCCUGCUCUCUUUGUCCUGAUAACUGUAUAUAAAAUAGUUUUAUAUUUUAGUGAACUCACAAACAGAAGAAUCUCUUGUUCAGUGAUGUCUGUGUCUCUUAUUAUUAAUGAGUGAUUAAUGAUGAAUGAAUGAUUAAUUUAAUGAGUUGAUGACUUUAAUGUGUUGACUUUAAUGAGUUGAUGACUAAUGUGCGGCUGGUAAAGCUGGAGCUUUACUUUCUGCUGACUUUAUAUACUGCUGGGUAGUUUCAGCUUUACUUUAUAGUGACCUGUUUAUACAAAAUAAAGUGGAAAUGCAACCCCUGAGUUCUA